GCGACGCGACGCGACGCGACGCGAGGGUCACACCGCACAUGAGCGCGUCACGGUCAGAAGUGCUUGGGAAAAAUCUCAGCGACGGUAUACAGGAGAGAGUCCUCUGAUUCUGCUGGUCAACAUGACAUUAUCAGUCUCUUGAUGGAUCUCAGGAACUCGAUCAGAUGAGAUCUUGAGUGUGCUUCAGCACCUGUGAAGGCAGCUGUGAGCAGGCCCUCCUGCCUGUGUCUGUAUGGGUGGGAAUGGCAGCAUCAGCUGUUGGUGGGAAUCACUUACACACAACAUGGAAACACAUUGUGAUCAUUGCUACAACGCUCCUGCUCUUAAGCGCUCCUUCAGUAUGUGCACAGUGUCGAAUCUUGCGAUGCAACUCCGAUUUCGUGGCUGCGACUCUUGAAAUUGGUGUCAUUGGAGGAGGGGGUAAGGAGGGAGCUAAUGCUGUCUACUGCAGCGCCCUGCGGUCCUACGCGCUCUGCACCCAGCGGACGGCCCGAGCGUGCCGUGGAGACCUGGCCUACCACUCUGCUGUGCAGGGCAUCGAGGACCUGCUCAUCCAACACCGCUGCCCCAAAACAGGCCCUACGGCUCAGCCACGGCCCCUGCCCCAGGCCCCUCUCUCAGGGGACGGAUGCUUCUAUGAGAAGGGCUUUAUGCAGAGGGAGGGCCGGGCCCCAGAGUACCUGCACUGCGGGGUGUUUGGAGACCCUCAUAUCCGCACCUUUAACGAAGAGUUCCAGACAUGUGCUGUGCAGGGCGCCUGGCCUCUCAUAGACAACCAGUACCUGUACAUCCAGGCCACCAGCACACCCACUAGAGGGAGCUCUUACACCAGCAUACUCACAAAGAUCACGGUUAUCUUGAAGAACUGGCGCGAGUGUGCAGAGCUGCAGAUAUAUCAAGCGGAGCUGGAUAACGUUCCUCCGGCGUUUGUGGAUGGUUCUGUGACCGGCGGUGAUCGCAGAGGGCAUCAGAGCCUGCGCGUUCACUCUCACGACCCUGGCCGACACGCUGAGAUCUGGGCUACACACAUCGGGACGACGAUAGUGGUGCGUCAGGUCGGCCGGUCGCUGAGUCUGUCCGUGCGCUCCCCUCGUGCGAUCGUGGAGUCCUAUACACCUGAGCAGGACUUGCAGUUGUGUGUAUGGGGGUGUCCGGUCUCGCAGCGUCUGGAGAUGCCGUAUGCGCAUCCGUCCACACCUGCGUACACACACUGCUCCUCACUGCUUCCGGUGCGGGAUGUGUAUUUCCAGGCUUGCUUGUUUGAUCUACAGGUCGCUGGAGAUUUGAACUCCAGUGCAUCAGCUGUGUCUGCUUUAGAGGACGCUCGUGCGAUGAUCUCGGACCCUGAUAGGGUUCACCUGCUGACGGACAGGGCAGGUAACAACCCUCCAUCAUUGCCGGUGGUGCUGGCCGUAAGCAUCCUUGUAGAGACCCUCAGAUGUACUUUCUUGGGCCCAGUGUGACAUCAAAAACACUGCACUAAAACAUGGCGUAUGUGAUAUUUAAAGGAUAUUUAUACUGUUGUUCAAAGUUUACAUCUCAGUGGUUUGGAAGUUUGUGGUUUGUGAAUACAGGCUGUCUGGAACGGCCGUGGAAAAAAUAAUUUUGUUGUAUUUGUUUCAGUGUUAAAUGCGCAUAAAGUGUGUGAAUUAUAAAUGUAACAUAUUUGUGGAUAUUUUUAUCUGGAUAAACGUGAAUAACCUUUGAAAAUAAGCCAACAUGAGUGAUUUGCUCAUGCAUCUCGGUGAAUGUUUUCUCAAAGGUGGAUGAAAUUUAUGCAGGAAUGUAUUAAUAAUAAAGAAAAAAUGACAAUUUUUUUUCCACAGCCAACACAGCGUUAAUUAAUGAAGGCCAUCAGGAUUAUUCUAUUUAGUUUAGUUUUUGGUUUUAUUCUCAGUGUCUUCUAGUUUUGUUUUAAUUAUUAUAUUUAGUUAUCAUUUUAGUUUUAGUAUUUUAAGGCUGUCAGAGUUAAUGCAUUACCUGGUAUCAUUUAAAUAUAUUUGUACUUUUUUAUUUUUAUGUUUAAUGAAGGCGGAUUUUUAAAUUUUUUUUAUUUAUUCAUUUUAUUUUAAUUUGGAGUAUGGAGGAAAAAAAACAGACGAUAAUAAACCAGAAAAAUAAUAAAUAAAACAAAAACAAACAAAAAAUAGAAUCAAUGCUAAAUUUAAUUCAAAAGUAAUAGCAUUUUUCAUUUUCCUCUUUAUUUAUUCAAAACUAAAAUAAAGAGUACUGAAUUAUUCUCCUGUCAAAUUUAUGAUAUUAGAACUUUUUGUAAAUUAUGAAUUUGGGAAAAUUAUCAAGAGAAUCUGAUUUUUUCCAGUGAUUUUUCUCCCAUAGAUCGUCUUUGUCCAGUGAUUACUACAGAAAGCCUGUGGAGGACCAUGAAGAUCCCCUGUGUGAUUCUCUGUUAUCAUCUGUUGUUCAAAGUUACAGUAAUUCAUCAUUUAUGCUGAUAAACCUUGCAGUGGGUGUGAGAUGCAGGCUUCAGUUUCAUCUGGGUGAGGAUCACAGUUGAUGGAGGUUUCAUUCCCUGUGAAUGAUCAAAAAUUGGUGACUACUACUGAGUUCUUCACACUUGAGUGACACUGGAUGGUGUUCAUUUAUAUGAACUUGAAAGUUUAUGUUAUAUUGGUAUCGGUUACGUAAUUGAAAG